AUGGCCCCCUACGCCGAAGGAAGUCUCUUCUGGUACUCACCAAAUCAGGGCGCGCCCAUCGCCUUUGCUGUCUUGUUCUUCUGUUCUGGUCUGGUCCACCUCUACGAGUGCAUCCGGUUCAAGUCAUUCAAGGUGACCUUUCUUCUGGUCUGGGCACCCAUCCUGUUCACUACCGGCUUCACCCUCCGUGCCAUCUGCGCUUGGAACUAUGACAACACCUCCCUUUUCAUCGCUGAGAACGUACUGCUUCUUCUCGCUCCACCUGUGUAUGAGGGGGCCAACUUCAUCAUCCUCGGUCGAAUCCUCUAUUACGUGCCCUACCUGUCCCCGAUACACCCAGGGCGUGUAGUGACGACCUUCCUCGGCUUUGACCUGGUUGUGGGCGCCCUCACCGGUAACGGGGCAUCGAGAAUAAGCAGUCGUGACUCGGCUUCCACCCGCAGAGUAGGAGAGGCCUUGCUCAAAGCCGCCCUGAUCACCCAGCUGGUCUGUAUGGUUUGCUUUAUCGCCUUGACGGCGGUUUAUCAUCGUCGCGUUUCGCACGAAAGUCUCAUGCGUCCCAAACUUCUCAAGCCUAUUCGAGUGCUCUAUGUCAGCUGUACACUCAUUAGCGUCCGCACGAUCUAUCGCAUCGUCGAAUACUUUGCUUCAACCCGUUCGAUCCACCUGCUCUAUUCAGGUCAAGUCAACGAGCAGUCCCAGCUCUCCGCCAUGUUCACCAACGAGUGGUUUUUCUGGGUGUUUGAAGCUUCGGUUAUGCUCAUCAACUCGGUCAUACUUAACGCAUUCCAUCCCAUGCGAUAUCUCCCGGAGAGCAACAAGAUCUACCUUGACCGGGAUGGAGCAACAGAGGUUGAGGGACCCGGCAUUCAGGACAAACGACACUUUCUGUUGACCAUCAUCGACCCGUUCGACAUCGCAGGUUUGAUUGCAGGGCGGGACAAGGAGGCUCAGUUUUGGGAGAAUCAUGAGCGAGGUUAG